AUGCUGAUCAAAGUCCGCACCCUUACCGGCAAGGAAAUCGAGCUCGACAUCGAGCCCGACUACAAGGUUGCCCGGAUAAAGGAGCGCGUCGAAGAAAAAGAGGGUAUCCCCCCUGUCCAACAACGACUUAUCUUUGGCGGAAAACAAAUGGCAGACGACAAGACAGCAUCCGAAUACUCCCUAACCGGCGGCGCAACCUUGCACCUUGUUCUCGCCCUGCGCGGUGGUCUGUAA